AUGGAUGUCAUCGGUCCGAUAGAGACAACCGCUUCUAACGGACACAGAUUCAUUUUGGUUUCCAUUGAUUAUUUCACCAAGUGGAUUGAAGCAGCUUCUUACAAGUCGAUAAACAUGAAAGUGGUGGCUGAUUUUGUUUGCAAAAAUCUGAUAUGCAAAUUUGGAGUGCUUGAAUCCAUCAUUACCGAUAAUGGGGAAAAUCUCAACUUUCAUUUGAUGAGAGAAAUAUGUGACCAAUUUAAAAUUACACAUCGAAGUUCAACUGCUUAUCGUCCCCAAAUGAAUGGAGCUGUAGAGGCCGCCAAUAAAAAUAUCAAAAUGAUUUUGACGAAAAUGAUCGACAAGCAUCGAGUAUAUGGAACAAAAGCAGUCAUACCUACUGAACUCGAGAUACCGUCUUUGAGAAUCAUCCAAGAAGGUGAAUUAAGUAACGCUGAAUGGGUCAGCAAGCAGAUUAAUCAACUAACUAUGAUUUGUGAGAAGAGAAUGGUUGUCGUUAGUCAUGGUUUACAGCUUUGA